AUGGCGCAGCCUGGCAAAGAGCUCGAAACCGUGGUCCUAAACGAGGAUUACCCCGAUCGGUGGGUGAAGAUCGGCACCAACCUAGAUCCCGACCUCCGAAGACAGUUCAUCGACUUCUUACGGCAACAGGCGGAGGUCUUCGCUUGGUCUUAUGACGAUAUGCCCGGCAUAUCACCUGACGUCAUCAGCCACAAGCUCAGCAUAUCCACCGCCCACAAACCGGUCAGACAGAAGUGCCGCUCAUACGAUGCCGAACGGUACGAGGCGAUGCAUUCCGAAGUUGACAAGCUCAAAGUCAUCGGCUUUAUCAGGGAAGCUACGUACCCUGUCUGGCUUGCCAACUCAGUCAUGGUUCGGAAGGCCAAAGGAGGAUGGCGGAUGUGUCAGGACUAUACCGACCUUAAUAAGGCUUGUCCGAAGGACAGUUUCCCCUUACCGAGAAUCGACCAGCUCGUCGACGCUACCGCUGGACACGAGCUGCUCAGCUUCAUGGAUGGCUAUUUAGGAUACAACCAGAUCUUUAUGGACCCUGCGGAUAGAGAACAUACGGCAUUCAUCACCGAUCGCGGUUUGUACUGUUACAACAUCAUGCCAUUCGGCCUCAAAAACGCGGGAGCAACUUAUCAACGGCUCGUCAACCGGAUUUUUGCUAAGCACAUCGGCGGCAUCAUGGAAGUAUAUGUCGACGACAUGUUGGUGAAAAGCCGAACGACAGGGGGGCAUCUGGAAAACCUAGCCCUCAUGUUCGGUAUACUAAAGAACUACCGGAUGAGGCUGAACCCAACGAAGUGCGCCUUCGGUGUAUCUUUCGGUAAAUUUCUCAGAUUCAAGAUCAGCCAAAGGGGAAUCGAGGCUAAUCUCGAGAAAAUCAAAGCCAUAAUCGACAUGGAGACGCCGAAGACGCAGAAGGACAUUCAAAGCCUUACUGGGCGUGUCGCUGCCCUGACACGCUUCAUCUCCAAGGCUACCGAUAAGUGCGUGCCGUUCUUCAAAGCUUUGAAAGGGGGCAAACAUCAUAUUGCAUGGACUCCCGAAUGCGACCAGGCAUUCCAAAACUUGAAGAACUACAUGAGCCAGGCACCGCUAUUAUCAAAACCGCUCCCAGGAGAAGUCCUCCUCCUAUACCUCUCGGUAUCCAACACUAUCGUCAGCUCAGUAUUGAUACGGAAGCCGGAGAAGGCAGAGCUACCGAUUUUUUAUGUCAGCAAGGCACUCCAGAGCGCAGAGCUUCGGUACCCACCCUUAGAGCAGCUAGCACUGGCCCUGGUUGUCUCGGUGCGAAGGCUUCGCCCAUACUUCCAGGCGCACGAGAUCACUGUGCUGACAAACCAGCCACUUCGACAGGUACUCCAAAAGCCAGAAACGUCGGGCCGAUUGGUCAAAUGGGCAAUCGAGUUGGGAGAAUUUGACAUACAGUUCAAGCCAAGGCCUGCAGAAAAGGGUCAGGUCGUCGCCGAUUUCAUCUCCGAGCUCACACCUCCUGCACUAUCGGAAACAUCCUUUCCAAACGCUAUCCUUACUACACCGGAGAAAGUGGAUGCCGAACGCUUUGACAAUUUCGUCCCUCUCUGGAUUCUGCACGUGGAUGGCUCGGCAAACCAGCAAGGCUGUGGUGCCGACUUAGUGUUAACCACUCCGGACGGUAGCAAAGUCGAAUAUGCCCUCCGAUUCAACUUCCGGACCUCUAAUAACGAGGCAGAGUAUGAGGCUCUCUUGGCCUGCCUUCGGCUAGCUAAGAGCAUGAGCACGAAGCAGAUCAGCAUUCAUAGUGACUCCCAGCUCAUUGUGAAUCAAAUAACGGCAGACUUUGCAGCCAAGGAUGCCUCUAUGUCAGCUUACCUAUCGGCGGCCCACCAACUACUGCAGAAAUUACAGGUCUACGAGAUACGGCAGAUCCCGAGGUCAGAAAACAGCCACGCCGAUGCUCUUUCGCGAUUGGCUUCGGCAAUAAACGACAAUAUCGGAAGAAAGGUACCGGUGGAGAUACUGUCCCAGCCAAGCACGACAACCGCUGAGGUGAGUACCGUACGGUACGAGGACACAUGGAUGUCUCCCAUCUAUGCUUUCCUGGCAAACGGAACCCUUCCGACCGAUAAGUCCCAGGCUCGGAAGCUCCGUUACCGAUCGGCAAGAUACACGGUCAUCAACGAUGUUCUGUACAAGCGAGGCUACACCACACCAUAUCCAAAAUGCCUAACCAAGGAGCAGGGGGACUACAUCCUUCGGGAGGUCCACAGGGGAGUCUGCGGUGACCAUUUGGGAUCCCGAUCGCUCGCACACAAAGUCUUCCGACAAGGAUAUUUCCAUAAGGAAAGUGCCGAACUAUUUUUCUGCGUCAACAUUGAGGAUCCAUAA